AUCCAAAGCAUACCAGGGUCAAUUGGAGUUCCGAUGGAAUGAAUAUAACUCCCACCUCCAGCAGGAACGGUACCGUUGCGGUCAACUAGAGGAGAAACUAGUAGAUGCACAAUGGAGGAAUGGUCUUCUCGAAGCCCGUGCUUCGCGAGUGUCCGGAGAUAUGGACAUGAUUCGGCAAGAAUUGGCCACAGAACGGACAAAAUCUCAGGAUCUAGAUUCUCGCGCCACAACCCUAUUCACAAUCAAUGACCUACUAGUGAAAUCACUAGCAGAGGCCGAGGCCGCAGCGAGGCACUCAGAGGAUGAACCGCUCGAUGUUUUUGCCAUAUGCCUGGAAAACAUGAAAAAUCAGGAGACCAUCAAGGACCUUCAAAUGACAAUCAAACUCAAGGAAGGCAUCAUAGAAACGCUUCAAGAGACCAUACGGACUACUUUUGGCUGCUGUUCCUCAACCAAUGGGAGUGAUGGAGGUAACACUUUCUUGGCAGGGGAUACAUACACCGAUGUUUCCCUUCCAGCUGAGUUGCCGGUGGAAGGCGAUGUCCAGGUUCUGGACAGACCUGGCCAAAAUUUGGCCAAAGAAGUAAUGUACGGUAUGGAAGGAAUUCAGUAGUACUCUUCACUUUCUAUAUAUAUGUGUAUUUGUCUGCAUGUGUGUAUUCAUGUAUUUAAAUUCAAGUCCGC